AGCAUUGCGAGGCGCUCUCAUGCCCAUCGCCUCUCAGGCUGUCCGCUGUCGGCGAAUAACGACUCGGACCCGGAGUUCAGAGACAACAAAAAUACACUCGUCGUAUAAUCCUUCGUACGAAUGCUUAUGCCUUACGCCUCUUCGAUCGACAGAUGCUGAAGGCCAUGCCAAGGACCACGCUGAUGCGGUGCUCUAUCGCCGCCUAUCUCGCAGCAUCGCGAUCCUCAGCAACGCAGCGCGCUAUCGCCUCCACCGAGUGCGUGGGCGCUGUGGGAGGACGAGGGAAAGGGGACCCCUUAUGGGGAUAUUCCCGCGUGGAGGAUGCGCCUUCCCCGCCGGACAUUGCCCUCCCCGAAGGGACGUCGCCUGCUCGUCCAGCAUCCUGGCGCGCGGCGUGCGGCCCUGGGCAUGGAGGUGGGCUUCCGAUAGCUUCCUUGCGGCGCGCAGCUGCCUUCUGGUCAGGCUGAAUACAAUUUUAGG